CCCUCUGCUCACUUUCCACGCGGACGUUCGUCACGCGGCUUGUUUGAGGUCUUUCUCUCGCGGCAGAUCGGCGCGGACACCUGUCGCCUUCACGGCAGGGAAAACCCGCCAAAUUUACGCGCGAACGCCGCCGCAACCCGCGGGUUCGACGUCAGCGGGCUCCUUUGAUGUUCUUGAAGACGUCUCGGAGGACCCGGAUCAUGUCACGACCACGCAGCUCGCGUCUCGCCUCCCUGCUGCUUUACGUGAUCGCCAUGCACGCCAGGUCCAAAGCCGAUUCCAAUGCCACACGCAAAGACAUCACAACGUUCACUAAGAUCCUGGACAGUCUCCUGGACGGCUAUGAUAACAGGUUGAGACCGGGCUUGGGAGAUCGCGAGACAGAAGUCAAGACUGAUAUCUAUGUGACGAGUUUUGGCCCAGUGUCGGACACAGACAUGGAAUACACCGUGGAUGUUUUUUUCCGCCAGAGUUGGAAGGAUGAAAGAUUGAAGUUCCAUGGCCCUAUGAACAUUCUGCCUCUCAACAACUUGAUGGCCAGUAAGAUCUGGACCCCCGACACCUUCUUUCACAAUGGGAAGAAGUCGGUGGCCCACAAUAUGACAAUGCCCAACAAACUGCUGAGGAUCAUGGAGGACGGAACGCUGCUCUACACUAUGAGACUGACCGUCCAGGCGGAAUGUCCCAUGCACCUGGAAGACUUCCCCAUGGACUCGCACUCUUGUCCUCUCAAGUUUGGCAGCUAUGCCUACACAAAGACUGAAGUUACCUACAUCUGGACACGGAACGCCUCCCAGUCUGUGGUGGUGGCAGCUGAUGGAUCCCGACUCAACCAGUACGACUUGGAGGGCCAAACAGUGGGGAAGGAGACCAUUAAAUCCAGCACUGGUGAAUACACGGUCAUGACUGCCCACUUCCACUUGAAGAGGAAAAUCGGCUACUUUGUGAUCCAGACAUACUUGCCAUGUAUCAUGACGGUCAUCCUUUCCCAAGUCUCUUUUUGGCUGAACCGAGAGUCUGUUCCUGCCAGAACUGUAUUUGGCGUAACAACGGUGCUGACAAUGACAACUCUUAGUAUCAGUGCCCGCAACUCCCUGCCCAAGGUGGCCUAUGCAACAGCCAUGGACUGGUUCAUUGCUGUGUGCUACGCAUUUGUCUUCUCGGCCCUCAUUGAAUUUGCCACGGUCAACUACUUCACCAAGCGGGGCUGGGCCUGGGAUGGGAAGAGCGUGGUCAAUGACAAGAAAAAAGAAUCCUCUGUGGUGAAGAAGAACAACGCCUACGCCGUGGCCGUGGCCAACUAUGCCCCCAACAUCACCAAGGACUCCACGCUGCCGACAAUCUCCAAGUGUGCCGCCGGCGAUCCCAACAAGGCUUCCUCGUCGGAGAAGAGACCCGAGCACAACAAGAAAACCUUCAAUAGCGUCAGCAAGAUCGACCGAAUCUCCCGCAUCAUGUUCCCGGUGCUGUUUGGGAGCUUCAACCUGGUCUACUGGGCCACCUACUUGAACAGAGAUCUGGUCAUUAAAGACGGGGAGCAUGUCAAAUGAUCCUCGGGGACUCCUUCCCAAAAGAUGAUCAGGAUUUUCUACUUACUUUUACAAUCCAACAGCUGCUCAAACACAUGGGUCAGCAUUACCAACUACCGUACAAUACUUGCUGUUAUACUCAUAACUGACUACUGGUACACAUGCAGUAGGAAUGUCAUUCGUAUGGCCCCAUUUGUCGCGGUUUACCUGACACAGGAAACGUGUCCAAAAAAAUCCACUUCGUCCAACAGACGGCAGUAGAGUGUUGAAUAUCUGAAAAUGCAUUUUGUGGCAAUUCCAAGUUUGACCACAGAGUGGCGCUUUCCAUCAUUUUCAGCAGACUGCAUUCCAAAAUGCACCUUUCUCUCGAGAAUGUGGCCAUACCAAUCCCUUCCCUUCUGUAAUAUUUUUUUUUUCCAGGGUGGAAUAAUUAAGAAGUACAAUAAUUUGUGAGAAUUUGUCAAAAUGUUACAUGCAGGCUGGAUUAUUAACUUUGAUAAUAAUAAUAUUCACUUAGCAAAUUCAAUUCAAACUCAUGUUCAGAUUUCUUGUUUUUAAAAAUAUUUCAAAACUCUAUGUAAAUAUUUAUAUGUGAAUAUAUAUAUAUAUAU